UGCAUAACUGCGGGCGGGGCAGGGGCCGGGCCGAGUGCUGAGAGGCGGGCGGGAGGGGCCGGCGCUGCCUUCGUCCCACUGCUGCCCGGCGCGGCCCGGCCCGGCCCGCGGGCUGACCCGCCCGCCCGGGACACCAACGCUGCUGGCGGGGGCGCAGAGGCACUCAUCGCCCGCCCCGGCAGAGCGGCGCCACCCCUGAAGAGCCGUCCGCCUGGCUCCGAAGGGCACGUCCUCGGCGGUGGCCUGCAGCGGGGCCGGCGUCGGCUGCUGCCUGCUCCAGAGCCGCCUGCUCCCGACGGGUGGAAAAUGAAUCCCGCUCCUGCGGCUCCGCCACCAGGGCAGCAGGUGAUCCACGUCACGCAGGACCUGGACACGGAGCUGGAGGCGCUUUUCAACGCGGUGAUGAACCCCACGCCCAGCUCCUGGAGAAAGAAAAUACUGCCUGAGUCUUUCUUCAAGGAGCCCGACUCGGGCUCGCACUCGCGGCAGUCGAGCACGGACUCGGGCGCGCCCCCCCUGCGGCCCGCCGCCGCGCAGCAUGUCCGUUCCCACUCCUCGCCCGCCUCGCUUCUGGGCUCGGGGGCCGCGCAGCAGCACGCGCACCUCCGCCAGCGCUCCUACGACGUGACGGACGAGCUGCCGCUGCCGCCCGGCUGGGAGAUGGCGCUCACGCACACGGGACAGCGGUACUUCCUCAAUCACAUAGAGAAAAUUACAACAUGGCAAGAUCCUCGAAAAACUAUGAACCAACCGUUGAACCACAUGGGCCACCAUCAUGCAGCUACUUCCACACCAGUACCACAGAGAUCUAUGGCAAUGUCUCAGCCAAAUCUUGUCAUGAAUCACCAGCACCAAAUAACAUCCAGCACAGCCAUGUCACAGCAGAGUCGUCCUCCCCAGACUCCACAGCCAGGGCUUUUGAACAUGCCUAGUGCACUGACCACACAGCAACAGCAGCAGCAGAAGUUGAGGCUCCAGCGAAUCCAGAUGGAGAGGGAGCGAAUUAGGAUGCGUCAGGAGGAGUUACUGCGACAGGAAGCUGCUCUGUGCAGACAACUUCCGAUGGACUCAGAAAACAUGGUCCCAGUUCAGACAGCUGUGAAUACACCUGCCAUGACACAAGACAUGAGGCCUAUUACAAAUAAUGGAUCUGAUCCCUUCUUGAAUAGUGGGCCAUACCAUUCCAGGGAACAGAGUACUGACAGUGGCUUGGGAUUAGGAUGUUACAGUAUACCAACGACACCGGAAGAUUUCCUUAGCAACGUGGAUGAGAUGGAUACAGGAGAAACUAUACCACAGACAACAAUGAACAUAAAUCCACAACAAACACGUUUCCCUGAUUUCCUCGACUGUCUUCCAGGAACAAAUGUUGAUCUUGGGACUCUAGAGUCAGAAGACUUGAUCCCUAUUCUCAAUGAUGUGGAGUCAGUACUCAACAAAAAUGAGCCCUUCCUUACCUGGCUGUAAUCAUUCAAUGCUGAUUUGGCCUACAAUGCAAUUCAACAUUUCUUUUUCUUCUUGAGAUAGAGGUAGAAUAUGUGAAAAUGCUCAAGAGAGACAACUUACUGCCUUAAUGUCUUUUGUUACAUCAUCUUUAUGGUCGGUUUAAUCUCUGCCUGGAUUUCAUUGACACUAAUUUAAAUAUAAAAUACACACACAUAUAUAUAUUAAAAAAUACAUAUAUGCAUAUAUAUUUAUUCUUCUUUAAAAACAAGCACACUACUUUACAUAUCUGUAUACUUCUUUACCUUUUCAGACCAGGCAGAAAUGUUUCAGUUUAAGGACCGAAACUGGAUGGUGUUUGUGCAUAUCCCUGACUGAUCUCCUAGGUGUUGAUUAGCAUCGAAAACCCUUCAUG